CUCCUACCACUUUCAGAGAGAGAAGAAGCACACCUAUGAGAAAAGAGCCUUCAAUCAUCAAGUCACUUUUGUAACUCUAGAUCUAUAUAUGCACAUCAAAUCCGUCUAUACUCAAUUCUCUUCUCUUCUCCCAGUUAGUUAAGAUGAGUGAGGAGUACAAGCCUGCGUUGGCCAUGGUGGCUGUGCAAUUCAACUAUGCCGCCAUGGCUCUCUUAGCGAAGGCCGCCUUCACUAAGGGCAUGAGCCCCAUGGUGUUCGUGGUCUACAGGCAAGCUAUUGCCAGCCUCGUCCUCGCUCCCAUAAGCUUUGUUGCAACGAGGAGUAGAGGUCAGUUCGGAAUGGGAGUGAGAGCCUUUGGAUUGGUCUUCCUUGUUUCACUUGUGAGUGCUCUCAGCCAAUUAUUGUACUACCAAGGGUUGGAAUUUGCUUCUUCUUCAAUGGCCACAGCAAUGAACAAUCUCACCCCAUCAAUCACCUUUGUGAUGGCUGCCUCUCUUGGAUUGGAGAAGGUAGAAUUGAGGAGCAUGAGAAGCAUGGCAAAAGUUCUUGGGACACUCAUCUGUGUUGCAGGAGCAAUCACCAUGGCUUUCUUCAAAGGUCCAAGGCUUCUGGCAAUGGAGCUAAUUGGCCACAUGAUGCUUCAGUCAGCGAGUAACAAGUGGAUCAUUGGGUCACUCUUCCUCAUUGGAAGCAGCAUUUGCUGGUCUGGUUGGCUGAUCAUGCAGGGAUCAAUAUGCGAGAACUAUUUAGAUCCAUUGUCUUUGUCGACUUGGAUGUGCUGCAUAUCGACCAUCCAGUCUGCUAUCUUCACAUUUCUCUUACAACCAAGCUUGAGUGCAUGGAAGAUGACUUCACUGAUUGAGCUCUUUAGUUGCUUAUUUGCCGGAAUUUUUGGUUCUGCUGUCACUUAUUAUCUGCAGUCAUGGUGCAUAUCUGUGAAAGGCCCACUCUUUUCUGCACUCUUCAAUCCUCUUUGCACUGUCAUCACCACAAUCGUAGCUUGCAUCUUCCUUCAUGAACAACUCCAUCUUGGAAGCUUGAUCGGUGCAGUUACAGUUGUGAGUGGGCUUUACCUAGUGUUAUGGAGCAAAGCCGAGGACUAUGAAAUCAAGAGCAAGAUACCUCAAAUUGCUGCUUAUGACAAAAUAACAGUUGCGGUGGAAGCAAAGGUGGAGGAUGAUUUGAGGAAACCAUUGAUAGAGGGAUGACUGGAAGAAGCUUUGGAGAAGUAGAAUAAAAAUUAGCAAGAAUCAAGUUAGUUGUUUACUUGCAUUGUGGUGGUUGUGAGUUUUCUCAUCAAUCGAGUGUUUUGGGUGUUUGUUUUGGGUGUUAUGAUAUGGAAAGAACUUUAGAUUAA